AUGGGUGGUGAAUUAUCUGUGGCAAACGAUCGUUUGAGUGAUUUUGAAGUUUUACAUGCAAACAUCUUUACUCCUGGUCAAGGCAUAUGUUUACAACGUUUGAAUCCAGGACGUAGCUCAGAAUUUAAAUUUGAUUAUAGUCUAGCAUAUGGAUCUUGGUAUGACAUUCUAAUUGUUGGUCACUCCACGUCUGCAAAAGCGGGUGGCGAAGUUCAACGAUAUCUGACAAAAGGUGUCUAUCUCAGUUAUAAAAAAAAAGUUAAAAUCAGUGAACUAACAGCUGGGAAAAAUCGUGAUCUUGGCGCUGAGUGGAACUGUGGAGCGUGUCAUAAAGACAAUAUCGGCAGUUUGAGAGUCUGCGAGUAUUGUUUUACUAAUAGAUCACAGAAAAUAAUCAUCGUAUUAUCGUAUAUACCCGUUCUUGGUCUUCCAUUUUCAUUAACAAAUGCCGUCCUUCAAUGUGGUAAAGCUGCACAAUCAAACAGCAUUGCAGAUGAGGUUGAUGCUGGUCUCAGUGUAGCAAUGUGUAUAAUGGAUGUUGUCACGGCACCGUUCAUUGUUGGUUCUCUGGUGACAAUACCUGCUAAGGUGACUGCUGAAACUGGUGUUAAAUUAACAGCCAAAACCGUCUUCUGUGAUGCAAGUAAACCGUUGUUGGUUGCAGUUGGAAAAGAAUUCGGAAAAGGAGGAAUUGUAGCUAUGUCUGGUGGUGAUAGUCUUGUUUUACGCAAAUUUCUAUUGUCAGAAAGACGCUUUUCGUCGCCAUCGAAACAAGAAAAUAAUGCUAAUGAUUUCUGUCGAGAUUGUGUUGACACAUUUGAUACCUUAAUCUAUUUAAUUCUUGAUGGUAUUAUUGAAGUGGGUAUUAUAAAUACAUGUGAUGAUGUAUGUGAUUAUGUUACUGCAAAGUCAGGAUCACCUGUUUUAUAUGCUAUUUGUGCAGUCGAUUGUGAUGCGCUGGGAAUUAACGAAUUUAUUAAAAUAGCUAAAGAAGUUGAUCUUGAUCCAAUCUAUUUUUGUGAAUCAUUAAAAAUUUGCCCAAUAAAUGAUAAUGGUGAUGCUAAAUUUAAAUCAUUCUCCAUUUUACCAUCACAUGCUCCAGUUUAUAGUACAUUUGUUAUUGAUUUUACGUAUGAAUCUGUUAAUGGAACUGGCAGCGGUCAGUUACUAGUUAAUAUUCAAACUAUUGAUUACGUUGAAAUCUUGUCUACUUUUUUGAUUGAAUCACUUAAACCAGGUAGAUAUGCUGAACGUAUUACUGUUGAUGCUAGUCCAGAUCCUACAUGUGAUCCUAGUAUUGAGGAAUGUGAACAAUGGUAUCCGGGAGUAUAUAAUGUUACAAUUAUGAUUUAUAAUGGAGAAUGUGGCUCACAUCAUCCUCAUAGUCAGGUUUAUGAUAUGGUCAAAGGCUCGUUUCGAAUUGAUUAA